UUUAAUGCAGCUGCAGUGAUUUGGUGAGAGGGAGAUAUUUCAAAAAUGCGAUAAGCGCCGUGCUUUUGUAUUUGCACAUUUUCAAUGCUUAGAUUACUGUCAUAAAUCUAAAACUGCUCACAGCUGCAGUUACCGGUGUCCAAAAGCAAGCGGCUGAAUAAUCCUCGCGUCCGCUGAUGUACCGUGUUAACGUCGGUACGUGUCUACAUCCCAGCGCUUGCUGUGCCAGCUGCCGCUGAAUGAGGUAUUGUUUUAAUGCAGAUGGUGGAGUCCAAAGACCUCACUCUUCCCUUUUGCUAUUAAUACCCGUAUAUCGACCUCCUUUGUCAACAAGAGCGACACAUACAAAUAAUAUGCCCGAAGGGAGACAAUGGGGAGUUCCCUGAGAUGAAAACAACAGGAUGAGCAAGCCUCAUGUAGUUGUGUGUGUGUGUGUGUGUGUGUGUGUGUGUGUGUGUGUGUGUGAUGUACGUGAGCCUGCAGACAUUGGAGACAUAUCUCACUGACCCACAUACCUUAUCCUGUGAUUGGUCUUAUCUUCAUCAUCACAUGUCCAGGGGGGAGGACACACUCACUGCAUGUAAGAGGAGGUUAAAGACUUUGGCUUGGAGCAGCCAUGUCGAUGUUCCACUGCAGCAGUAGGUCUUCAGUGCCGGGGGACUUUGUAGGCCACCCAAACUUUGGGGCUUUCUAUUGAUCGUGGUUCCAUCUGGAGCCGGAUCCUUCCUCCUGCCACCUACUGCUACUACCGUUAUUUUAAGUGAUAUUACAACUACUAUUACAAAUACCUUUAAUGCUUUGUAUUAUAGAUUAUACAUACUCUACGGUAUCCAACGCUGCUGUUAUUAGUAGUCACAAUGUCCCAUUUAUGUCAUAUGCAUUCAAUGUGCUGACUCUUGUGUUGUUCUCCUCUGUUGCUCUCCGUUUGAAAGUGUCUGUUACGCCUUUUAGCACCUGUAACCACAUCCGACAGUGACCUCAGAGAACACCUCUAAAUAGCUGCAUCUAGGAAAUGAGGGGCUUAAUUUGAAGUGGAAACUGAAACACUACUUGUUGCAGCUCACUCAAGUGACACAUGAUGUUAAGAUGUUGCAGAAGGUGUUGCUCAUUAAGCUGCUGUUGCUGCACUACGCGACUCAGCUAGAAAUCAACACACGCUGCCAUGAAGAUGCUCAACUGAUGUGUCUAGUUCCUGACAUCGAGAGCCUGGACUUCUACUCCCUUACAUGGCACAAGCUCUCUGAAACGAAGCAAAGGCUCGGUAUGAUCAGGAGUGUAAAAAAUAUUACUACGUUGUUCAAAAACGUAAUUCGCUCACCAGAGCCCAGAUUUGGAGAGAAUUUCAGUCUUUUGAUGCCCAGUGUGACACCUGAAGACCAAGGCACCUACGAAUGUGAUAUAACUGCGAAAGUCGGGGGUAGAAAUCGGAAUUUUGUAAUCCACCUAAAGGUCGAUGAGUGCGUGAGCCGACCUGAAACGACAGCGACGACUACCGAGUUGCCCCAUUCCAAGCCAGACCAAGACAUACCAGCCUGGUGCAGCGUUGUUGGCUACAUGGCAGUCGCCCUCUUCAAAAUCGCUUUAUCUCUAUUCGGCAUUUGGGUUAUUGAAGCUGUUUGUAAGAGGUCCUCAAGACGACGCCGGCAUAUGAGGUGAAGCCGAACUGUGAAAUCAUACGAUUCAGACAAAUCACCUGUCAGCAGCAAGUGAAUUUAUUUUUGGCAAUUCUUUAUUCAGUAUUCUACUUUACUUGUCUUUCAGGGAUAUUCAUGUAUUUCUUUAGGUUUAAGUUAGGUUUGUACAAAUGUGUAACUGCUGGCCCAAACCUCAAGUUUCCUUUUUCCUGAAAGAUGCAUGAAAGACACAACUCAACCAAAAAACCUUCUCAUAACUAACAGGAACACGCAUGAGAGGAGGCACAAGAACCUCCACAUGCUCAGGUUUAAAAUGAGCUGUAGCUGAAAUUAUGAUAACGAAUAUUGUAACAUUUAAUUUACCUUAACCUCUACUUUACUCAGGGAUUCUAACAAACGUCUGAAAUGCCAAUAUUAACCGUAAGUUGCAACUGUCUGCUUGUUAUUAUUGUUUUGAUUUAUCUAUUUAUGAAUGUAAAAUAAUACAUUUAAUUUGUCUGAAUAAACUCUGCAAAUGCUUCACCCAGCUUCA